AUGCUUCCUAAAAAGAGACAAGGGGAAGGUGAGGCUGUUGACGAUCGUGAUUCCGAGAGCCUACUCAAGAAGCAGCGCCUCUGUUCGUCCUUCACCGACAGCAAAAGUACUGAGGAGACAAAUUGCAGUGAGACCAUUAACAGCCUAGGUGUAGGGAACAAUAAUAGUAAGGCCGCCGGAAGUUCGGAGGAACUAACAAUCACAGAAAUGGCAUUUGAUAAUGGAAAAACCCAUGAUAUCGAUGAGGAUCUGCACAGCCGGCAGCUUGCGGUGUAUGGACGAGAGACGAUGCGGCGGCUUUUCGCUUCAAAUGUUCUUGUUUCUGGAAUGCAGGGCCUUGGGGCUGAGAUUGCUAAGAACCUUGUCCUUGCUGGUGUGAAGUCUGUGACAUUGCAUGAUGAAGGCACAGUAGAUCUGUGGGAUUUAUCCAGUAACUUUGUUUUCUCGGAAAAGGAUUUGGGUAAGAAUAGGGCACUCGCUUCAAUUCAGAAACUACAAGAACUCAAUAAUGCUGUGGCUAUCUCAACUUUGACUACGAAAUUGAGUGUAGAACAACUUUCUGAUUUCCAGGCUGUGGUAUUUACUGACAUUGAUUUGGAGCGUGCAAUUGAGUUUAAUGAAUAUUGCCACAACCACCAGCCUCCAAUAGCAUUCAUCAAGACAGAAGUGAGAGGCCUAUUUGGUAGUGCCUUUUGUGAUUUUGGACCUGAGUUCACUGUAUUUGAUGUCGAUGGUGAGGAACCCCAUUCAGGUAUCAUUGCAUCUAUUAGUAACGACAAUCCUGCUCUUGUGGGUUGUGUGGAUGAUGAAAGACUGGAGUUCCAGGAUGGCGACUUAGUUGUGUUCUCUGAAAUUCGAGGAAUGACAGAACUCAAUGAUGGAAAGCCAAGAAAAAUAAAAAAUGCUCGUCCUUAUUCUUUUACCCUUGAGGAAGAUACAACUAAUUUUGGUUCAUAUGAGAGAGGUGGUAUUGUGACUCAGGUAAAGCAGCCCAAGGUUUUGAACUUUAAGCCACUGAAAGAAGCAAUCAAAGAUCCUGGUGAUUUCCUUCUUUCCGAUUUCUCCAAGUUUGACAGGCCGCCCCUCUUGCAUUUGGCAUUCCAAUCACUAGAUAAGUUUGUGUCUGAAUUUGGGCGUUUCCCAGUUGCUGGUUCUGAAGAGGAUGCUCAAAGAUUGAUAUCUAUAACUAACGACAUGAAUGAGAGCUUAGGUGAUGGGAAACUGGAUGAUAUUAAUCCAAAACUCUUGCGACACUUUGCUUUCGGUGCCCGAGCUGUACUGAAUCCUAUGGCUGCCAUGUUUGGUGGCAUUGUGGGGCAGGAGGUUGUGAAAGCAUGCUCUGGAAAGUUUCAUCCGCUAUUUCAGUUCUUUUACUUCGACUCCGUAGAAUCACUUCCCACCGAUACAUCAGAUCCCAGUGAUUUCAAACCUUUAAAUAGCCGUUACGAUGCUCAGAUUUCAGUCUUUGGGUCUAAGCUUCAAAAGAAACUAGAAGAUGCAAAGGUCUUUGUUGUUGGGUCUGGUGCACUUGGCUGUGAGUUUCUGAAAAAUUUAGCUCUGAUGGGAGUUUCAUGUGGAAAACAAGGGAAAUUAACUAUCACUGAUGAUGAUGUCAUAGAGAAGAGUAACCUCAGCAGGCAAUUCCUUUUUCGAAACUGGAAUAUUGGGCAGCCGAAGUCCACUGUUGCUGCUUCUGCUGCCUUAUCAAUAAACCCUCUUCUUCACAUUGAAGCUUUACAGAAUCGGGUGGGGCCGGAAACAGAGAAUGUUUUUGAUGAUGCCUUCUGGGAGAAUCUCAGUGUUGUGAUUAAUGCCCUCGACAAUGUAAAUGCUAGGCUUUAUGUUGACCAGAGAUGCUUGUACUUCCAGAAACCCCUUCUUGAGUCUGGAACCUUAGGUGCCAAGUGCAAUACCCAAAUGGUCAUACCCCAUCUAACUGAAAAUUAUGGUGCUUCUCGAGAUCCUCCAGAGAAACAAGCACCCAUGUGCACUGUCCACUCCUUCCCACACAAUAUCGAUCAUUGCUUGACAUGGGCUCGAUCAGAAUUUGAGGGCCUGCUGGAAAAGACACCUGCUGAAGCAAAUGCUUUUCUUUCUAAUCCUGGUGAGUAUGCAUCUGCAAUGAGAAAUGCUGGGGAUGCUCAAGCCAGAGACAAUCUAGAACGUGUGAUUGAGUGCCUUGACAAGGAAAGAUGUGAAUCAUUCCAAGAUUGCAUCACGUGGGCUCGGCUAAAGUUUGAGGAUUACUUUGCAAACAGGGUUAAGCAGUUGACAUUCACCUUCCCUGAAGAUGCUGCAACCAGUACUGGUGCACCUUUCUGGUCAGCCCCGAAGCGUUUUCCACGUCCCUUGCAGUUUUCUACCACCGACCCUAGCCAUCUUCAUUUUGUUAUGGCUGCAUCUAUUUUGCGGGCCGAGACAUUCGGCAUUCCUAUUCCUGACUGGGCAAAGAACCCUAAGAAACUAGCUGAGGCUAUUGAUAAAAUCAUUGUACCUGAUUUCCAACCCAGAAAAGAUGUCAAAAUUGUUACUGAUGAAAAAGCUACUAGUCUUGCUACUUCGUCCGUGGAUGAUGCUGCUGUUAUUGAUGAAUUAAUUAUGAAGCUGGAAAAAUCUAGGGCGACUUUGCCAGCUAAGUUCAGGAUGAAACCAAUUCAGUUUGAAAAGGAUGACGAUACAAACUAUCACAUGGACUUGAUAGCCGCGCUUGCCAACAUGCGGGCCCGAAACUACAGCAUUCCGGAAGUCGACAAGCUGAAAGCCAAAUUCAUAGCAGGACGUAUCAUCCCUGCCAUCGCCACCUCAACUGCCAUGGCCACCGGCCUCGUCUGCCUCGAGCUCUACAAAACCAUCAGUGGGGUCCACAAGCUCGAGGACUACCGCAACACGUUUGCCAACCUUGCCCUGCCGCUGUUCUCUAUGGCCGAGCCUGUGCCUCCCAAGGUCGUGAAGCACCGGGACAUGAGCUGGACCGUGUGGGAUCGGUGGAUCAUCAAAGGUGACCCAACCCUCCGUGAGCUUCUCCGGUGGCUUUCUGACAAGGGCUUGAAUGCGUACAGUAUCUCGUUCGGGAGCUGUUUGCUGUACAACAGCAUGUUCCCUCGGCAUAAGGAGCGUAUGGACAGGAAGGUUGCUGAGCUGGCAAGGGACGUGGCUAAGGUGGAUCUGCCACCUGGCCGCAACCACCUGGAUGUGGUGGUGGCAUGUGAGGAUGACGAGGAUAAUGACGUUGAUAUUCCUCAGAUAUCAGUUUACUUCCGUUGA